GUUAGUACGUUUCCCGCCCAGCUGCACGUGUAAAUUUUUGUGCCCAGCACGAAAACUGUCGUAAAUAAACGCAUUUUUGGGCAAUUUUCGGCAAUCACCAUGAGUUCAGACGAGUCCAGUGAUGGAUUGGAGGAGCUCAAGGACUUGAUGGCCUUGUAUGGCAAGCAGGAGGACAAAAAACCGAGCGAGAAUCAAAAGAAACGUUUUAUUCCGAAGGCCUCCCAGGCCAAAGAACUCAACUAUGUAGAGGUUCCUAUGGAAAAGGUGAUCUUUGGCGACAGGCAGCGAUUCCUUACCAAUCUGGCCAAAUCCGUGGGUCAAAAGUGGCAGCAAAGCGUAGAUGAGGACGAGGAUGAGGAAAAUCCCGACCAGCAGAAAGCUGGUGACAAGCGGAAAGCCGCUUGGUCGGAUUCCGAUGAUGAAGACAUUCAAGUGGGCGAUGUUAAGAGGGCCACCAAGCACACAGGUCCCCUGAACCACCUGCGCAAGGACAAAUCCUACAAGGAGUACCUCACGGCGCGAUUCCAGCGCACUCUAAACCAACCCAAGUGGGCGGAGAAGAAGGUGAAGGGCAACGACGAGGAAGACCUCUCCUCCGACGAAGAACUUCUCAAGACGGUGGGCUUCAUCGACCGCAAAGCUCGGAGCAGUGAUAUGCCUCAGAAAACGCUGAACUUCAAAAGAGUUAAGGAUCUAAACAGAGCCGCCUAUACUGAAGGGUUGACCACCAGCAUCCAGUUUCAUCCAACUAGUACUGCUGCUCUAGUGGCGAGCGAAAACUCAAUAGCCACCAUCUAUACGGUGGACGGACAUAAGAACGAGAAGUUGCAUAGCAUGCGUUUCAAAAAAUUUCCAUUGCUUUGCUCCAGAAUUGCUCCCUGCGGCACGAAGGCGUUCUUCGGUUCCGUAAGAAGAUAUUACUACACCUACGACCUGCUGGAAGCCAAGGAAACCAAGCUGACGCUACCGGACGAGUCUAUGACUAUGAACCGUUUUGAAGUAUCACCCUGUGGCAAAUUCAUUGUCAGUGCUGGCAAGUUUGGAGCCAUUCAUCUGCUGACGGCCAACACAAAUGAGCUGUUGCAUAGCUUCAAGCAGGAGGGCAAUGUGAAAGGACUCGCAUGGUCUGGGGACUCCAAAAGAGUCCUGGUCUGCGGUUCCAGUUCCAAUGUUACUGUUCUGAACCUGCGACAGAACCUCAUUGAACACAUUUUCAUGGACGACGGUUGCAUCAAUGGUCAGUGCAUCCAACUGGCGCCCAAUCAACGCCUUCUGGCCACUGGCAGCGAAGAGGGCGUAGUCAACAUUUACGACUACGAGACCGUGUUCGCUUCUAAAGCCCCGCAGCCCGAGAAGCGCUUCAUGAACCUGAGGACUAGCAUCUCGAGUCUACAGUUUAAUCACUCAUCCGAGCUGCUGGCAAUGAGCUCUGCUGAGGCACCAAACACCAUAAAGCUGGCCCACUUCCCCAGUGCCACAGUCUUCUCAAACUUCCCGGCACAGACCGAAAACGUUGGCUAUGUAUCCUCAAUGGCCUUUUCGCCGCACAGCAGUUUCCUGGCCCUGGCCACUAAGGGAAAAAAGGUGCCGCUCUUUAGGCUUAAAUACUUCAAGAGUUAUUAAUUGAAGGCUGUAUGAUUUAUAUAAAAUAU